AAAAACCACAGUGAUUUGAAAGGAAUGUUGAAUUUUCACGUAUACAUACACGACGCAUCACUGUGACUUCUCGCACUCGCCUCCUUCAUUUUCCUCCCCCAGAACAGCACUUUCGUUAUGCUCCAGAUCCUCCCUUUGCUCCUCGCCGCUAGCCAUACGGAAAAUCUAAAGUGGUAAUAAGCCAACGCGUUUUGAGUUUCCCAGUCAGUCGGUUCUCGCGUUGGCAAAGACCAGCCGAACAAAGCUGAUCUCUUUUAUUCCACGGAAAGAUGCCACCCGGACAUAAACGGAAAAAAUGUACAGCUUACAACGAAUAGUUGGAUACAGGACAGUCAUUCUUCUCCUUUACCAUGAACCUGAUUUCGAGAUGAACCUCGCAUUGAUACUACAGUUUUUUACCGUGCUAUUUCUCUCGGAGUUAAUAGUAACAGCCGUGGGUACAGUUUUCUUCACAUCCUUAUUUUCGCGGCCGAAAGUGCAAAUUAACUUUCAACCGCCGGAAACUAAACAGAAGCCACAUAUCAUCAUUAUUCUUGCUGAUGACCUGGGUUGGAACGACGUAAGCUUUCACGGAUCGGAUCAAAUUCCUACGCCGAACAUCGACGCCCUUGCAUACAAUGGUAUCAUCUUAAAUAAUCAUUACGUUCCGGCAUUGUGCACGCCAAGCAGAUCCGCUUUGAUGACUGGAAAAAACCCGAUUCAUCUGGGUAUGCAACAUUCUGUUCUCUAUCCGACCGAACCACGAGGGCUUCCUCUAAGUGAGAAACUAUUACCGCAGUAUUUACAGGAGAUAGGCUAUAAAACACACGCUGUGGGAAAAUGGCAUUUAGGAUAUUUCAAAAAACAAUAUACUCCGACGUAUCGUGGAUUUGACUCACACUUUGGAUAUUGGAACGGUCUUGAGGAUUAUUACACUCAUAUCGCGCAAGAACCGGAUUCACAAUAUAACGAGUACAAAGGCUUCGAUAUGAGGCGAAAUCUGACAGUGGCAUGGGACACUGCAGGAAAAUACGCUACCGAUCUCUUCACAAACGAAGCUGUGCGGCUGAUUAACGAACACGAUACUGAACGUCCAAUGUUUCUAUACCUGGCUCACUUGGCUGUCCAUAAAGGUAAUGAAAAUCAACUGCUACGAGCACCGGACGAAGAGAUCGCCAAAUUUUCAUACAUUCUCGACCCGGAAAGAAGAAUCCAAGCAGGUAAGCGUUAGCCUUUUUCUUGGCAAAUUAUCUACUUCAAUUAUACCUUUACACUUUGAGGACAGUAUGCUCUGACAAGCAUCUAGCCAGAAUUCUGCGUAUUUUUGGAAAGGGUUCAAAAGAUCG